AUGAGUUCUCCCUCAAGAUAAUCUAUAUAAAAUUUAGGAAAAGAUUACAAUGCAUAGUAAAGCGAUUUGAUGUAGAAAUACUUUAAGUAUAACUUAGAACAAAUAUAAACUAAAUAAACUCCUUUUAAUGAAGGAUAAAUGAAAUAAAUUUCAUUAAGUAAGUUAUACAACUAAAACUAGAAGUAUCAUUAACAAUAAUAGCAUUAACAGUCCUAUUAAAACUAAGAACUUGUAGAAAAUGUAUAGCCAUCGUACUUGACUAGCUAGGGAAGCAAAAAAAGCAAUGAUAUGCUUGAGGUUAAUUUUAUAUCAUAAAUAUAGAUUUCCCUUAGUAUAGUAUAAAUUAGUGCUGGUGAUAAUCAUGUGAUCAUCUUAGAUGAUUAAUUUAGAGUAUUUUCAUAGGGAAGCAAUAAUUAUGGAUAACUAGGAAUAGUGGGCCAAAGUUUUCUUGAAAAAUUUUCUUGCGUUGAAGUAUUGCUAAAUCAUUAAAUUCAGUAAAUAUCUUGUGGAUCUGAUUUUUCAUUUGCUCUUUCAACUAAAGGAGAAGUAUUUUCAUGGGGAUAGAAUUGUAAAGGUUAAUUGGGAUUAGGGAUGAAUCAAAAUGUUUAAAUACCAACAUUAGUAGAAUCACUUGUCAACAAAGAAACAUAGUUGAAGAAUGCUGGCAAAACUUAAAUAAGAACUCAAAGUUGUGAAAAAAUAUCAUCACAAUAAUCUCAUCUAUUUAAAAGAACAGAGUCUUUAGAUAAAUUGCUAAAAAGGUUUGAUAAAUUUGUAGCAGAAAAUAAUUUUAUAAUAAGUUAAAGUUAUGAAAUAUAAUCGGUGCUGGAGGCUGGAGAAAUAGUUUCAAAAAUUUCUUGUGGGUCUCUACACACUUUAGCACUAACAACUCAUGGAAAAAUCUAUUCUUCUGGUUAUGGUGAGUCAUUUGCUUUAGGGCACGGAGAUGAAUAAUCAACUAAUUUAUUUAAUGAAAUCAAAUUUUUUUCCUCAACAAAAAAAAAUGAAAAAAAUAAGAGCAAUAUUUAAAGUACAUCAAUAAUGUGUGAAGGUGAGUAUGUAGAAGACAUCUCAUGUGGCUUAGUUCAUUCUGUAUGCUAAACUAAUAAAAGAAUGUUUUUUUGGGGAAUAACUAGUGAAUAACCUUUGAAUAUUUUUCAACUUCCUCAAGAAAUCUUCUUAGAAGAUCUUGUUUAACCAUAAGAUAAUUAUCAGUAAAAAGUAAUAGAAAUCUAAUGUGGGCAAGCAAUCACUUUGCUAUUAACUAGAGGAGGAAAUGUUUACACUUUAGGUAAAUUUUAAGGUGAAAUUUCUUAAAAAGAUAGAAAUAUAGUUCAUAUAGCAAAGAGACUUAAAUCUCUUUCAUCUAUUUCAAAAAUUUGUGUUAAUGGUAAUCACUGCUUAGCAUAUUCAAAGGAUUAAAAGAAGGUAUAUGGAUGGGGGAGUAAUUAAUAUGGGUAGCUAGAUUAAGGUUCAUCUCUACAAAUGGUAGUGACACCUAUUGAAGUGGCAAAUUUAAACGCUGAAAAUUAAACAGUCUUACUUUCUUGUGGAGGUAAUGUAUCCUAUGUUGUAACUGAUCAACCUUAUUAGAUAAAAAAAAAGAUAAAUAAAACAAAUAACGCAUAAGUAUAACAAGUACCUUCAUCUCCUAAAAGAAGCAAUGAAAGAGAAAUAGAAAUCUUUAAAACUUAAUUUGAGAAUACCAAAAAGCAAUUAAUAUUAACAAACAAUGAACUAUAAAAAUAGAUAGAGUAGAUAACGCAUGAUAACUACUUAAUGGUAUAAAAGGAAGAAGAGAGCUAAAAUGAAGCUAAAAAAAUUAAGGGCUUGCUUCAAUAAUAUGAAAAAGAAUUAAAUUUUUAUAAUAAACAAAUUCAAUAAACAACGAAUUAAAAUAUCAAAUUUAAAAUAUAAAACUCAGAAAAAUUUAAAGAUGUAAAAUCAAGAACAUUUUAGUCGAAUCUAGAAAUAAAAUUUUCAGAUUUGGAAAUUUAAAAUAAAAUAACUGAAGGAGGUUAUGGAAUAAUUUAUAAAGCAAAAUGGAGAGAAAUAGUUGUCGCAGUUAAAAAAUUUAAAAUUGAUUACAAUAACUAAUAAUAAAUUGUAGAAUUUGUUAAUGAGUGCAAUGCUAUGGAAGCUCUAAGGCACCCAAAUAUAGUAUUAUUUUUAGGCGCCUGCACUGAAAUACCUAAUUUUAGCAUAGUUAUGGAAUAUUGCUAAAGAGGAAGUUUAUGGAGUCUUUUGCAGAACCAAUCAGUACCUUUGACUUGGGAAGACAGAAGGAAGAUAGCCCUAGAUAUUGCUAAAGGAGUUUUCUUUCUUCACUCUUCAAAACCACCAAUCAUACAUAGAGAUUUAAAAAGCUUAAAUGUUCUUGUUGACGAUAACUUUAGAUGCAAAUUGACUGAUUUCGGAUGGACCAGAGUUAAGCCUUAAGAUAAUUAUAUGACAAAUAAAAUAGGAACCUAUUAGUGGAUGGCACCAGAAGUAAUUAAAGCUUUCUAUUACACAGAAAAAGCGGAUGUCUUUAGUUAUUCUAUUAUUCUAUGGGAAAUAGCAUCAAGAGAGCCUCCUUACAGAGGUAUUAAAGGUGAUGUAGUUGCGGAAAAAGUGAUGUGUGAAAACUUAAGACCUAUAAUACCCCCAAGUACUCCUAAAUUUUUCUAGAGCUUAAUAUAAAAGUGCUGGGACGCAAAUCCAGAUAAUAGACCUACGUUUAAAUAAAUAGUCAAAGAUUUAGAAGUGAUGAUUAUGGAAUGA